UCAUUAUCAUCAAUAAUGUUGAGAAUACUUGUAUCCAUUGCAUUAAUCUCAACCCUCGUUCAUACAUCAUCAUCUUCAAGUUACUCUCCCGCCACACAAAAAUCCAUAAACACAUACAAGAAAUUCAUAAAGGAUGAGUGCAAUUCAACCACAUACCCUAAUUUCUGUUACAACUACUUGUCACACUACGCGUGGCAAGUCAAAACAAACCGCGUCACACUCACAAAAGUAGCCGUUAACAUAACGGUAAUGAUAGCGAAGAGCUCGUUCAGAACGCUGACAAAACUAUCCGAAUCGACGAGGCUAACAAAAGCGGAGAGUUCGGUGCUGGCGGAUUGCCGGGAUAACAUAGACGACACGGUGGACCGGCUGCAGCAGUCAGCGAAGCAGUUGGCGCGGCUGAACGGAACGAGGACGGUGGAGGAGAGGUUUGAGUGGGAUAGCAUAAAGACAUGGAUGAGUGCUGCAAUUACGGAUGAGUACACUUGUACGGAUGGAAUUGGUGAAAUGAAAGUGAGGGUUCCAUUGCAGAAGAAGAUCCAAUCGAGUAUUGCUAAUGUUGCUUGGAUGAAUAGCAAUGCUCUCGCUCUUGUUAACAAGAUUUCUUACUAGAAAGAUCCAUCAAUCUUAAU